AUGCUGCCCUCACAAGGGCCUGUGUGGAUCCCCUUGACUAGCCCAUCGAAUUUAGCAUCGCAGAUCAGGAGCACAUCCACACAGACCGAGGAUGCCAAUACAAUUCAACCACCCCAAGAAAUCGUGGCAGAAUCUAGUGACAACGAGUCCAAUCCCCGAAGUGACUCAAGCCUGGAUGUGCCUCCAUAUCCGGAACCAAUCACUGGAUUCUGUAUUGUGAGCCCGAAGCUGAUCACUGUCACACCGAGUCCUGAUAGAACGGUGAAGCGCAGUCUGAAAGGAAUUCAUAUUUUUAUGAUUACGAUAAAUGCAGUCCUUGGGACAGGUCUUUAUUGGAGAGGUGGUCAAGUGCUCGAGCUUGGUGGUCCUUUGGCUGUCGUUCUGUCGUUCCUGCUAGUAGGGCUUCUGUCCUGGUCCGUCAUGCAAUGUGUGUCAGAGAUGCUUUGCAUCUGGCCCAUACCCGGCGCGUUAUCAGUAUACGUUAGCGAGUUCGUCGACGUUGAGUUGGGAAUUGCUGUUGGAGUUGCGUAUUGGUUCACAUACUCGAUGGCGUUCUCCACUCUCCUUGCAACGUCAGCGGCCGAGUUUAACUUCUGGCCUGUUAUCAACAACAGCACUGGUAUACACGCGGGCAUUCUGUAUCUCCUUAUUCCUCUCAUCAUCGUUUGGGCAAAUGCAUUUAAAAUCGAGAUUUACGGUAUGCUCGAAGUCCUCACCGGAGGUAUCAAGCUUUUAUGUCUUGCCAUCAUAGUCUGCGCCUUGAUUGCCAUUAACAGAGGUGUUGGGCAGGCAGAUAGCUCCCCGCUUGGAGUCAAAUACUGGAGUUCGCCAACCGCCUUUGACUCCGAUGCCGCUCCGAACUGGUUCACUGCUUUGCUAAUGGGAAUGUCCAUCUCAACAUUCUCAUAUGUUGGAAUCGAAAUAGUCGCUGCAUCCGCGCUAGAGGCAAAAUGGCCACACCAGAAGUCAGGGUCAACAACGCCGUCAGAUGCGAUACCUCGUCCGAAUGAUACAUUGAUAGGAAACACCGUGAAACUUUCUGCAAUAUAUAUUUCGAUCUUUUCGACAGCUGCCUACACUAUCGCUGGAUUUUUGGUUACUCUAGACAUAGGUCGAGAAGACUGUGAGCUUCCGCGUGUGAGUUGGCUCUCGGAUGAUAUCAAAGACCACUGUCCCACACCUGGUAGUAAGGCUGCAUUCGUUACUGUUGCCUUGAAGUCAGGUAUCCCCCAUCUCGCAGAUGUUUUCAACGUGUUUCUCAUUUUCACAUGCCUUACAUGUACCAGCACAAAUCUUUAUGUCGCCUCCCGGACCUUAUUCGGUCUCACCAGUGGGCUAGAGGGUGGUAAGGGACAGCCCUGGUAUUUGCGUGUCCUUGCCUGGUUUGGAAAAACGAAUCGCCACAAAGUUCCCAUUCGUGCCGUUCUCUUCUCUGCUAUUGCAUUUUGGUGGGUUCCAUUUCUACAAUUGAUCGGAGAACCAGAAACGCGCAAUUCUAUCAAUAUGUUCAUCGAAAUGUUGAGUGAAAUGGCAUCUAUGGGGGUCCUCAUUGUCUGGGGCUGUGAAUGUCUGGCAUUCAUUCGCUAUUACCACUGCAUCUCAACCCAUCAAUAUAUCCUCAGAGAAAAAGGCGUACUUCAAGUGGAGCGAGACAAUUAUAACGAAUAUCCAUACCGCAGCCAUGGGCAGCCGCUGCUGGCUUACCUAGCCUUCGUGGGAUGCCUUUUUCUCUUAGUGGUAGCUGGUGGAGCUGCCCUAUGGAAGGGUUUCCAUUUCCUUCCUUUUGUCGCUCCUUAUUUGACUAUAUUUGUCUUCUUUGGACUUUGGGCUGUGCUCAAGAUCGCUCGGAAGGCUAGAUGGGCCUUUGUAGAUCUUUCCGAUGGGCAUAUGGUCGCCAAAAAAUUACAAAAGCUGCACGAGAUUCGUGGUGCAACCCAGACCUGA